CACGGCGCCAAAGCCGGCCAGCGAGCUUCCCACAAUACUUCUCAGCCGCCGUAGACCACCGAUGUUGACGCAACAAUUGAGAGCUAGCAGGACAUCCCUUCUGUCAUUUGCUCCUCUGACAUGCUUAGUUGGGUGGCGGUCCAAUAAGUCGAAGACGAUCAAUGAUGGGGAUCUACAAACUACGUGGAGAUCAUUGCUCCAGCGAUCGGGGAGGGUCUACUUCUUCUCUUUGAGGACAUACACAACAAGCAGAUCUUGCACCUUUAGUUUGAGGGACACCCUAGGGACCCUCUCGCCAACUUCCUUAUAGGGCCAAGGCAUCAAGUAUGACCAAGUCCCGCUUGCGAGCUAUCAUUCAAUGGGCAAAGAGCCACUGAGAGUAAUAGCGGUCAAAGAGUGUGGCAUGUACUCAUCCACAGGCGACCUAAUCCACUUCAAGUUGAUGCGGCAUGCAAUCUCUGAUUCUGUGCCCCAGCUGGGGUAACGAGAUCUCAUUCCUCAGUCCAACCACGCUGCACGUGGCGUUGAGACUCUGCAAGACUAGGGAUGCGCCGCUCCACGACUGGACAGUACUCACGACCAUCUGGCAUGGCAUGGUUGCCUUGCAGACUCCCACGCCCCCUCUCAAGUGCGUUGUCGCUGUCCCCUUCUGUCCGAAGCUGUUGCAUGUUCAAAAUGAGGAGCUCGAAUGUGAGGGGGUAAUUCAUGCCUUGAGACGCGCGCCACAGCCCUGCAAGAGAACGAACGAAUCAGUCCUAGAGGAUCAAGUUCAUAAUCUGCUCAAUGCACGGGCAGGGCAGCGUCGGCAUCUCUCGCACACUGGCAGACUUGGCUUGAAUCCUGAGAGAACUGAUCCUUGUAAAGGACUUGCAGGCCGACAUUUUCUCGAGACGACAAUGAACACUAUCCUUGCCAUGUCUUUUACGUCAAUGAAGCCCAAGCGGCCUGCAAGGGACAUGGAACUACGGCCGCCCCGUCGUCACUACGGAUAGCAGGACGUCUGCUAUUGGGCUGAUCGGGCAGCAAUUUUUGGCGGUGAAACACUACAGCUGUGCGCACCCCCUGCUCGCCCUGGCAAUCCAAGAUAGUGUUCAGUUCGACUUUGCACCAUCAUCUCUCGGAUGAACGCUACAUCACACAUUUCAGCCGAGCUCUGGGGGGUGAACGAACCCAUGUCGAGCGAGCAUAUCCCACUUCAUGAUUGGCCCCAUAGCCGACAGAGGGUCUGCAGUCUUUCUUCAGCAUUUGUUCAGAGCUGAUCGACAUAUUUUGCGCAGGCUUUUGCUGCAAGCAUACAGCAUGGGACAUCCAUCUUCCGUAAUCUGCGUUGAGGUCGAUGUCAGGGCGCAAAUCCCUUCUCCCCGGGAAUGACUGGAUCCAGUAAAGCAUUAAUUCGCAACAUAGCGUUGGCGUCGCCCCAACCGGGAACACCAAAUCCCUAGAGGGCGGCGACCACGCGGUCGUCUUCAAGCGGCAGCGCCGCGAUUAUCUCUGGUAAGUACCAGCAGCAGUUGCUUUCAAUGGUAAUGGCACCCUUAUGUCGAGCUUCCCGAGGGAAUGCUGGUUGAUCACUAAAGAGACUUUUCCUUAUAAUGUGAUGGAAUGGAUAUUUGAGCAUCCCACUGCGUAAAGCGCUGCAGCAGCAUGAUAAACAACAUUAGCCGCGCCCUCAUUUCGCUACACAACCGUACGUCCCACUCGAUGCAAUGUUUUCCGGAUAUCUUGCCUCGCUUCAUUGGACUCGACCUUAACCGCAUACGUUGUGCAAGUGGUGGGCAUUUGGCCAACCCCCGGGCAAGCAGGCAGGACUGGCCUCUCUUGCAUGAUGUGCUGAAGUUAUGACGGCUCAUGAUUUGGCACUAAGAGGAGGAGGUGUUGUGCAUGUUCGAGUUCAUGGUGUAUCGGUAGCGCUUGGGCGCCCACGUCACGAUCCGAUUGAUGGGCUGCCGCAUGCAUAUCCAAGUUCAGCGCCACGCCACCGCUUUCUUCCUCCGGCCGUACCAGCUACCCGUUUCAUCCUGACGGGCUGAGGGAACCAAGUCACCGUGUGACGGGCCUUGGUCUUUGUGGGCUGGGAAAGAGCAAAGACGACGUUGAAGGAGAGUUACGGGGCGCCCACGAUCAGUUGCUGGAAAUGACAUGGUCCACCAACCGUGCGCCAAAAUAACCUUCGAGGGACGGCCCCCGACCCACGACGGAUAAAUGUCCAUCAAGUCACACCCACCAAAGAAGUGCGUCAUCAGGUGAGACGGGAAGUCCGAAGACUAGGCUUGUCAAAAUGCUCUGAUUCUGUUGUCCCCUUGUCAAUGUGGAAGACCGCUGAGUUGCGCGGACCUGGGCAUCCACCCGGGGAUGCCAUUCCCCGUCGAACGGCGCGAAUAAAGUGUGAACUAUCCUCGCAUGGAGGCUACUUUCCGGUCCACAGUGGGCUACAUGCCAGGGCCCUGGAAAUCGUACUUCGGCGUCGCCUCCUUCUCCUCUUACCCAUACUCCUGCGUAUGUCUACACCCAGUAAUCUCAAAAGGAGUGGCGGCUUGGGCUGUUCACCCUUUGACCCACAGGACUCGAUUCACACCCGGGGCGUGCUUGUCCUUUUCCCUCCCACGACUAAAAUUUUGGUGUGGCUGGGCCGUCUAGGCAGCUAACUAUCGACCCCCUGCCUCGUCGCCUGUCACGGUGUUAGUGUCAGAAUCAUUGCGAGGUUUCGGAUGCCAAUGGUCGUCUCCGCAAAAGUGCUUCCCGAAUCUCGCUAUGAUCCAGCAUGCGGUACAUUGAGUCGAUGGAAACUAACUCUAUGGUUGACCUCAAGUCCGGACUGAAUAAUGGGUCAGGAAUUUGGGGGUACCAUCCCCAGUACUGAGAGGCUUCUCUCAAAAGCAAAUAUCAGGAAGGAUUUGCAUCUGUUGGCUCGGCACGCAACCCGAUCAUCGCUGGCCCUUCGAACCCUGGUACCCUCCAUUCCAUUCUGCGUCCACCUCGAAAGCCAGCAAAUCCUGCUCCCACACCAUCUGGUCACCCUUUUCACCACGCAAGCCGCAGUAGUGCACGAUCUCAAGCAGAACAGCUCGCUUGUGCCCUGCCAUCUUGCCCAUCUCUUCCAUCCCUCCAGUAUCUGCCCCUCGGCGCCUGCUGACAAGCUCUAUUCCUCCUUAUGCCUGCCACCACCGUUGCAGCCAUCUGUAGGCUGGGGCUCAACUGCUCACUGCUCAGCUGACCUACGACCAUGCCGCAUACUCCGUCAGUCACGUUGUCCUACUGGCUGAUGCCCCUGACCGACUUAGAAAUCGUGCCGGUCCGCCAGUUCGUCACCCAUUGUCUCUCGACGCAUUCACCUAGCGGCAUGGUCUGGGAAAUUGAAGAGGUGUCCUUGUACCCUGGUCGACGAGGAUUUAGUGAUCGAGGCUGAUGGUUGCUAUCGAGUCGGCAAAGAGGCAUGGUGACACAGCGCAGGCUCAUGCACCGUCUCAUCCGCCCAGCGCUCUCAAUCGCUCGCCUUGCAGAGCACUAGCUUACCGCGCACGAUGAGAUAUGGAGAUCAGUGCCCGCCUUGGCCGUCUCUGCCUAUCCUUGACUGGGAUGUCCCCCUUUCACGCUCAGAGAUGACACAUCACGCACCUCUCUUAAACCGGCAUCCGUUAGGCACACAAUUAUAGCAAGCCACAUGAGUCUUGCAGCAGAGGCGCGAAGAACAGCGCAAUCAACAACCACAAGGACUCCACAGAAAACAAUGUUUCGUGCACAGAAGGCAACCAAUUUCUCUCCCUCCAAUCGAGAGCUACCGCCGUCACCUUUUCUCUGGCGAUCCGGCAUACCUCGUUUGCUAGCAACUUUUCUAUCCUGGGUUUCUGGGUGAAUGUUCUAUCCACCCCUGGUCUUGAUAUCGUCGGUCCAUUCUUAAAUGCCGGUUAUCAUGUUUCGUUUGGGCCAGUCGUCCAGUCAGCAGCCUUCUAAGGUCUGAUUGGUUUGCACAUCACGGUGCCCGAACGACACGAUUGACAUGAUAUAUACAUAGGUGUACUCUGCCAGAAUCAACAAGUACUUUUCUUCAAUGAUCAUCUUUGGAAUCCUUCAAAGUCACUUCCAGAACUGACUCUAGUGACAGCUGCAGUCGUUGCAUCAAACGUCCCAUAUCGUGGCUGACUGUGCUUUACGAGAAGAGUGGUUUGACAGCUCAACGUUCAGCAGUGACAUUCCCCAAAGGGAUAUAUAAUCAGCUUUUUCAUCAUGCUAUUGCUCCAUCGUCAUGCACACACGUCCUGUCCUCAUUUCAGCCACGAAGAUCUCAGCUUGCCUCUUGAACUCGAUCCAACCGUGUCUCACAAGGUCCGCCACCUCUCCGACCACAACAUACAAUUAGCCGAGACGAUGUCCAUAUUAUCAAGCGGACCAGUUACACCGUCACCGGCUGGCAGGGCAACGGCUCCCUUGAGGGGUCUCGAAACUGGUGAGAAUGAUGUGGAUCAAAUGCAAAACGACGAACGUAGACGCGAUGUGUCUGCAGAUGUUGCAGAGGCCAUUGCAUCUGAGCUUGAGACAAGGACCAUUUCGCAUCUCAGUCUAUUGCACAGCCCCGCGGCCCGGCACACCAUCCACUUGUCAAGUAUUGAGCAAUGCAUGCCGCGAUCGUAUAUCCGGAUGUGUUUAGCAUAUCGGGUCCCAGAUGCAACAAGGCUUCCCCAAAUUUUGACAUGUCUGGACGCUUUUGUGAGAAAGUUAAUCGACGCGAAACCCUACCUCAGUGGCUUCGUAGUUGCAGUCACAGGUGCUAACAGUCCAGUGGGCGCCGUGCAAAUCGAAUUUACAGAUGACGAUUUUCUGCACUAUCCCUGUGUCACUGUACGGCGCCUAACGCGCGAAGAAGUUCCAUAUACUUAUGACGAACUCAACCAGAAUGGCCUGCCUCCCAGUGCGAUCAGGCCUGAUCUUGUCUCGGCUCUUGGUGAGGCUGCCGAUCAAGACCGGGCCCCAGUGUUUCGAGUCCAGGCGAAUGUGUUGGAAGGCGGCCUCGUUGUCUCGCUCUAUCUCCAUCACUGCAUUUCUGACGGCACAGGUAUGGGCUUGCUGAUGACAGGGAGUGUGCUGAACGAUGAUUUCGCCUUCGACCGCCACCUAGACGCCAGGGGGCACGAUAUUCCCAGGCUGUCUCUGAGACUGGAGGCCUUUGCUCAUCACAAGAGCGUGCUUAGACAACACCUGUCCUACAGCUUCGCCAAUCAGAUCAAUGAUCGUCAGUUGAAAUGCAAAACCACCAACAGCGCGCCGCAAGCGAACAACGUGGCAAAACCACCGGGUCGCGGAUGCGUGGUCGCCUUUCCUCUGAGUCGGCUGGCCACACUGAAAGCGAUGGUGGAGAAGUAUGCGGACGGCCACUUCAUCACGCCGAACGACGUGCUUCAAGCACUCAUCUGGCAGUGCAUGACGAAAGCCAGAAUCGCAUCGCUGCGCGAAACAACCGUUACAACCUCGAAAUUGCUCAUACCGAUCAACAUUCGCAACAGGCUGAAGAGACCCCUGCCCGAGUCAUACUUUGGCGCAGCCAUAGACUUUGCUUCGGUCCAGCUACCGUUGUCUCAUCUUGCCGACACCAGCCUGCAGAUGAUGGCUCGCACAGCCAUGGAGAUCCGGAAGAGUAUCAACAAGGUGGAUGAACCUUAUAUCCGACAGGCAAUCUCGCUGGCAAGAUUCCCUGAUCCACAGAUGGACACUCGAGAUCUGCAGGCUAGCAAUAUGGACAGAGUCAAUGGAGCCGACAUGUACAUCACGAGCUGGGAGAAGCUGAGAUGCUAUGAGGCUACUCUGGAGAUGGGUCUUGGACCACCCGACUGGGUCCGCAAGCCGUGGUCCAAAGACCCCGGCUCAUGCAUCAUUCUUCCAUACGACAAGCGGAAGGACUAUCUCGAAGUCGUCAUUCAAAUGACCGAAGAGGAUAUGGCGCGGCUGUUGGAUGAUUCGACCUUCAUGGAGUAUGUGGCCCGGGUCAUAGAUUAAACGGCAAAUAACAAAGCAUGUGUUUGGUUAUGUCAGCGAGUUAUGGAGAAAUCGAGCUUGGAGCACUGCGGACUUUCUUGUGGGUUUGGAAGGGCAACGGAGUGAUAUCUGCGUCUGGAGGGCAUACAUCUGGACAUGGUCGGCUGACGGCAGAUGCUGGCAAGGCAGAGCGAAAAGCAAGGUGCUCCAGGUACAGCAUAUGACUGGAGGGACAUUGGGGAGGGUCUGGGCUGAAUUGGAGCUGGUGUAUCACUGCGAUUUGGCCGCGGUUCAUUGGCUAGAAUGACAAUGAAACGGAACGUUUCAGGGCGCCUGCAUGAUGGCAGUAAUGGUGCCAAAUAACUCCCUCGUAGCUUGAAGGGAAAACGCUCCACAGCAGGUAUUUGGAUAUCAGAAGACUCAUAGAGAGACUCUCAGAUUUGAUGCCAAUCACCUCACGCGGUGCUGCAAAACGGUUGGUCAAAGCAGACUAGACAUGUCCAUUGAUUACUGAUCUUUUCAAACAGA